GACCCCAUGUCCAACUGACCAAAUCCCCAUCUAUCCAAUCCCCAUUACUUUUCAUGCAAUAUAAAAUGAAAUUUAAAAAAAAAAUAAAACGGAAAAAAGUAUGCAACAAUAGGAUAGAAUAGAGAAGAUUGGAGAGAGAAAUGUUGGGGAAAGAAUCGGGUGGUUCGACCUUCGAUCUUCCCGAGGAAGUCUUGCAAGUACUACCCUCGGAUCCAUUCGACCAACUCGAUGUGGCCCGCAAGAUCACCUCCAUUGCACUCUCCACACGUGUCUCCUUACUGGAAGCUGAGUCUUCUUCCUUUCGGCUCAAGCUCGCCGAGAAAGACCAACAAAUCGCCGACCUUUAUGCCCAGAUCGAUUCCCUCGAUGCUUCUUUGUCUGAAACCUCGGAUAAACUCGUUAAGGCCGACCAGCAGAAGGCGAGCUUGAUGAAAGAUAAUGCUUCGCUUUCCAACACUGUAAGGAAGCUUCAGAGAGAUGUUUCCAAGUUGGAGGUCUUUAGAAGGACACUUAUGCAGUCGCUUCAAGAGGAUGAGGAAAGUUCUUCAGGGGGUCCUCAGAUCAUAGCGAAGCCAACACCAUCAGAAGAUGAUGUUACUUUGCCUUCAAGAACUUCUUCAAUGCGUAGCCAGCACUUUGGUACGGGAAAUUCAUUAGUGGAGGAUCGUGACACAGAUGCAGCCUCAAGACCUGGCAUGCCACAUAGCUUCCUGCUAGCGUCACAAACAAGCUCACCUCGGCUAACUCCUCCAGGUUCUCCACCAAGUUUGUCAGCUUCUGUAUCUCCCACAAGAACAUCUAAGCCAGUGUCUCCUAAGAGACAUUCAAUUUCAUUUUCUACCUCAAGAGGCAUGUUUGAUGAUAGGUUGCCAAUGUCAAGCUCCGACAGUGGAUCACAGACAGGACGCACUCGGGUUGAUGGAAAGGAAUUCUUCCGCCAAGUCAGGAGCCGUUUGUCUUAUGAGCAGUUUGGUGCCUUCCUGGCCAAUGUUAAAGAGCUAAAUUCCCACAAGCAAACGAGAGAAGAGACUUUAAGAAAGGGAGAAGAGAUUUUUGGCCCAGAUAACAGAGAUCUUUAUGCAAUAUUUGAGGGUUUAAUCAAUCGCAAUGUCCAUUAAAUCAGCUGAGAUAAAAUUGUACCUAGCUUUUGUGAUCUUCGGGUUUUUCCACUUUGUGACUUAUAUUACAUUUUUUGGCGUAAAAUACCUAAUAAAGCCUGUGUUGUGACACCUUCAGAAAAACUCUAUA